AUGACAGCAACGACUAUAAACCGGUUCGAGUACGAAAGGACAAUACCCAAAUCGACCGACUUUGAGUUCUUUGAUCAGAAUUACCCCCCAUCGGUGCUGACGUUACGCACCAAUGUGAACGGGGACGUUUCUCGGUCGUGGGAUUUGCCUUUUCGUGCAGAUGGCGAGGAGCAACCAGACCAUGCAAAUAGUUCGUCUGGACAAAUUGGCAACCCUGCAGCUCUAGGGGCGACAUGGAAUGGCUCCUUGAUCAACCAUUUUGAUGCGACGGCAACUAUUCGAGCACCUCCGAGGACUCCGGCUGAGCAACAGGCGUUUGCAUACCUCAUCAACUGUUACUUGGAUGUCCCGCCGCAAAGUUUGGAUCCCGGGUACCUAGAUGUUCUAAACUUAGUUAUCCGGCGUCAGAACAGAGGAAACUGUCUUGAAACAUGCCUUUCUACGUUGGCCCUCGCCGCCUUUUCUAGGCGGCCGGCUUCUAGAUCAGCUACGGUCGACACGCAAGCCUCUUAUUCGGUCGCUCUCCAGGCGGUCAACGGCUCCAUCGGAAAUCCCAAAUCGAUAUACGACGACGAACUUUUGGCCUCGGUAAUUGUGUUGGCACUAGUAGAGUGCCUGAUUGGAGACAACGUCAAUGGCUAUUACAAUCAUUUAUACGGCGCAAUGACAAUUCUGAAGUCCAGAGGUCAAAGGAAAUUCCACGACGACUUGGGUGCAGAGCUUUUCAUGUUGCUUCGACACGAGUUGUUUAGAUCCUCUGCGAUACGAUUUCUCGAGCCGCAAGGUCAAUACCCCUACGAUUGGGCAAUGUCAGUCAUGGAAAUAGUCGACGAUCCCUCCGUCGAAAGGGCGCAGGCGGCGACACUCGGCAGUCGGCAAAACCGCCUCAUUUCUUAUAUUCACAAAAUGUUUGAUGAAUACCUGGUCGCAACCAUGUCCUCAAGCCCGGUACACUCCCUUCUAACGGUCCCGAGCGUUUUUGCAUCUGACCCCGUCGUGGACAACUUGGUCGACAGUGAUCCGAACUUGGCAAGUACCAUUAAGGAGUAUCUCCAAAUGGCAUCAAACGCCUUCUCAGUCACCGAGAUAUCGGGCCACUCCAUUGAAGACUUCUACCCGCAGCCGUGCGAUGUGCAGCCUGUUUCGAAUAACGAAAUAGUCUGGCCUGGUCAAUUCCAAGGAUAUACAUGGAAAAGCAGAGAAUACGCCAAUCUCGGAUUAUGCCUGGUGGGAACGCGUCUGUUCGGAUAUAAUGUGGCCGCUAAAGUUUUCGAAAAAGCGAGACUCAAAGAUCCCUCAAUCGAUACGACAGAAUUCGAGGUUAUCGCACAAAAAGCGCGAGAGGCAAUCGAGAUCAUCGUGGGUAGUGGGCCUUAUAUCUGCAGCCCGCAAGAUAUCGACGGAGUUGGGUCCAAUGAUUACAUGUGGUUGCACCAAUGUCCCCCUUUCCUAGUUGCCAUGGAAUCUCCAUUUGCAACCGCCGAACAGCGCAGGAUCAUCGAACCGAUUUUUCAGUACACAUUCGAGGUCAAAGGCAUCAGAAUGGCGGGGGCUGUGCUCAAUCAAUACCGACAGUUUCAGAGGGAAUCCGCCGCGAACCACACCUGA